UGCUGGUUUAGCUGUUCCCUUUAAACAGAAGGACGAUGGAGUCUAAGGGGAAAAACGCAGAGAAGUUGUGUCUUUGUGGUCUUCUUUGGUGGUCGCUUCUUAUCGCGCUCGCGUCUGGAGCUUCCUUCUAUGGCGACGGCUAUGUCCAGCUCAAAGCCAAAGAGUCGUCGAACCAUAACACACUGCGGCUGCGCUUCAGAACCUCCCGCACCAGUGGCCUGCUGUUUGUCGCUGCUGGCCAGAGACACCACUUUCUGCUGGAGCUGCGCGCCGGGCGCCUGCAGGUGAAACUGGAUGUUGGAUCUGGGGAGCACGUGCUGCAGUCAGAAAAAGGCUCACAGCUCAAUGACUUGGCUUGGCACUCGGUGGAGGUCUCUCAUGAGGGACACAAUGUGACCCUCGUUCUGGAUAAAAACUCCCAGAGCAGCCUGACGAUGACCGGCCCCUCUGCUCAGCUCAGUGUGGAUGACGGCCUCUAUGUGGGGGGCUCAGGAGGACUCAACAGGGCCUAUCUCCACAGAGACAUUAUAGGGUUCAGAGGCUGCAUGGAGGAAGUGCUGUUCAAUGAGCAUGACCUGUUGUCCUCCCUGAGGCCUUAUGCAGGACUAAAGACUGUCUAUGAAGUGUCUCUUGGCUGCAGUCCUCAGUUCUUUGCUACAGAGGAGGAUCCUGUCAGCUUCUUCAGCUCUCGGGCCUACAUUUCCCUUCCCCCUUUGGGCUCCCCAAAAGAAGUUGUAUUUGAGUGUGUUGUUCACACUUCUGCUAAAGAAGGAAUUCUACUGUAUAAUUCUGGCAGAGGGGGUGAUUUUCUAGCUGUGGAGAUUCGGGAUGGAUCGCUGGUUGCUCUGGUUGGAAAAGGAGGAAGCAAAACUGAGCUUCGUUCAAUGACAUUUAUCAAUGACAAAAAAUGGCAUACUGUCAAGUUGCAUUUAAAUUUACAAAGCCUUCAACUCUAUGUGGAUGACAAAGAAGAAAAAGCCAACAUCCUCUCUCAUUCUGGGGAGCUGCUGCUUAAGGGCUACUUCUUUGUUGGUGGCACUGACGACAGCACCAGGUUAGAAGCUCGGAAAGCCGCUCUGGUCUCUGUGUCUGGGAAACGGGUCAAAGGAGGUUCUUUUAAAGGAUGCCUGAGAAAUGUAGUUGUUAAUGGAGUAAAGAUGGGUCUCUCCACUGCUGUAGUCACAAAGGACAUCUCGGUUGGCUGUGAGCCAGAGAAAGAACCAGAGCCAGCCACCACUGUGAGCCCCACCAGUGCCUCCAGCUCCAGGCCCUUUGUGACACCCACCCCCUCCCUGCACAUGUCCACACUGGCCAAAGGCCUGGACAGAAAGUAUGGAGCUAAUUUUGUUCAUCUUCGAAAUCUUGUCGUUCCUGAAGGCGGUCGAGCGUCUUUGGAGGCUAAACACAUUAAGAUUCUGCUGGAUUUCAAGGCUCUGGGUAUUCGACAGUCACAGAUUAUGUUCAGAAUUCAAGAACAGCCGCUGCGUGGUCAAAUCCGGCUGGAUGUAGACCCAGACCAAGAGGAACACACCUUCAGCAUGUUGGACCUCUGGCACGAGAGGGUCAUGUACAUUCAUGGAGGGUCUGAAGAUCCAGACGACUUCUUCAUGUUUUCCAUUUAUUCGAGCAGCAGAAAACCUGUCCCUCAUUAUCUGAAGAACAAUAAACUGUACCGCUACAACAUAACUGUAACACCCACCAACGAUGCCCCCGAGUUAAGCCUCCCUGAAGGAAAUCUCUUUGUUUUGCUGGAAAACUCAAAGAAACGUCUCACCACAGAUAUUCUGAAGGCCACAGACAUAGACAGUCCCAACACAGACCUGGUCUUCUCUGUUCUGGGAAACCUAAACGCAGAUGCUGGAUAUUUGGAGCUUGAGGACAGCCCCGGUGCAGCUGUGACCUCCUUCACAUACACAGACCUGGAGGAGUUGAGGGUGAACUAUGUCCACACAGGGGUCAGAAACUCCCGAAUAGUGUUCAGAGUGAGCGAUGGACAGAAGGUCAGCAACACCGUGGUCCUGAGAGUAUUAGCCAUCACACUGGAGUAUAAGAUUUCAAACAACACGGGUCUGGAGAUCACACAGGGAGACUGGGCUAUAAUUGGCUCGUCACAUUUAGCAGUGCAGACGAACGCCGUGAAACAGGUCGUUGACAUCCGUUAUGACAUCAUCGAACCUCCACAAUACGGAGAACUUCAGAGACUUCACUCCAGCGGUGAAUGGAGAGCUACUGAUUCAUUCUCCCAGAGGCUACUCGAAAAAGAGCGGUUAAGAUACGUCAACACUUAUCAAGAAUUACAGACUUCUAAUGCAACCGAUUACUUCAAGUGCAAAAUUAACGUGGCAGCGAGGGCAAAUACUGAAUUACUCUUCCCCAUUACAAUCAAGUGGGUGAAGUACACUCUGGUGAGAAAUGUAAUUAUUCACCUGGAUAAAGUGCGGAAAGUGACACUGGGCGCGGAGAAUCUAUUUGCUGCUAUUGAAGGAGUGGAUCUGGCAGAAGAUGACCUUUAUUAUCGAGUUCUCACCACACCAAAGAAAGGAAGGCUGCUACUGGACACCGCUGUUUUGGGUAAAAAUACAAGUUUUAGUCAAAGAAAUGUAACUGAACAUAAAGUGCAUUAUGAGUUAGUGGACAGGCCUUAUGAAGAUACAAGUGACAGGUUCAAAUUUUUGCUCUUUUCAAAGCACGCCCAGUCUCAAAACUACGAUUUUCAGUUUACAAUCAAAGCCGAUGUUAACAGUGUGUUCAUGAAAAAUGACGGACUUUCACUUUUGGAAGGAGAAAGUAAAUUAAUCACUAAAGACGAGCUGUUUGCAGAGACUUUGAGCACUACUUAUAUGUAUUACACUGUUAUAAAUGGGCCCGGACAUGGGAAACUCGCACGUAUUAGUCAGUCCAAUUCGAAUGCAAGCUACACCAACAUUUUAACUUUCAGUAACCAGGAUAUUUUGGACAAGCGACUUAUGUACAUCCACGACGAUAGUGAAACGACUGAAGAUGCAUUCACUCUCAUCGCGUCCACGACUCAGGGAUUUAAAUCAUCUGUUGCAGAGGAUGACGUCAGCUCUAAAGAAGGAACUUUUAAUAUUUCAAUCCAGCUCGUCAAUGAUCAGAAACCCGUACGUGUGAUUGAUAAGGUUUUCCACGUGGUCAGAGACGGACAGAGGCUUCUCACGGCAGAGGAUUUGCGCUACCAUGACGCAGACUCGGAUUUCGAUGAUGGACAGUUGUUGUACACCCGGCGAGGAAUCCCAAUGGGAGAUCUUGUGUUGGUGAAUGACACAACACACAGGCUGUUUCAGUUUCACCAGAGGGACUUGGAGGAGAAACGUGUGCUUUUCGUGCAUAAAGGUGUUAGCACGGGUAGAUUUGUGCUUUUUGUCUCAGAUGGAAAACAUUUCGUGUCCAGCUUGUUGGACAUCAGUGCUCAUGAUCCGUUCUUGAAAGUUGAGAAUAAUACCGGCUUACUCGUCCAAAAGGGAAAAUCUGUCUCUAUUUUCACGAGUAAUUUUAGCGUAGUGCACAAUCUGGACAUCCGAGAGGACCAGGAUGUUCUGUUUGCAGUGAAUGAGGCUCCCAAAAGUGGAGCUAUUUACCGCAAUGGAGAAAAAGUCAGUUCAUUCACACAAGCGGAUUUAAACUCUGGGUGUCUUUCAUAUCACCACAAUGACAGCACACAUACAGCAGACCACUUCAACUUAACCGUCAAAGCCAAAGGACUCCAGCUGUCAGCGAAGGUCAGUGUAAAAGUUUAUCUGGAAAGUCAUCAGAGACCUCCCAUCGUACAGACGCUUAACGCUUUACUGGUGGAGGAGGGGAAGCCCGUGAAGAUCGAUGAAACAAAAGUAGAGGUGACUCAUGAAGACAACCUGCCAUCUGAGAUUGUAUUCACUGUGAGAGAAGGCCCAACGCAUGGAUUUCUGCGGCGUUUCGUUGAACCGGAGGAGCGUUACAUCGGAACCAGGCAGUCUCCUGUCAGGACGUUCAGCCAGGCAGACAUUUACAAUGGACACAUUCAGUACAUGCAGGUGGACCCUGACAUGUUCAAUGACACCUUCAUCCUUGACGUCACCAACGGGAUCACGGACGUGCGGGGCAUCAGGGUCUCUGUCGACAUCAUCCCACGUCUCAUCCCUCUGCAGGUCUCUGAUUUCUCCCUGGAAGAGGGCGCCUCAAAGGCACUCACACAGGAAAUUCUAAAGGUCACCAACCGCCAUUUUUCUGGAAUCAACUUCCUCUACAGUUUGACUCAGCCCCCGCAACACGGUCACAUUGAACACUCCCGACACCCGGGGGUGGCUCUAGCCUCUUUCACCAGGAGGCAGGUUGAACAUGAGUAUAUUUACUACGUGCACGACAGCAGUGAGACUUUAACUGACAACUUCUCAGUGGUGGCCAACGACACAGGUCUGAGGAAGCAGAGUUCAGUCCAGACGGUGAACAUCCAGGUUACAGCUGUCAACGAUGAACCUCCUGUUAUUACAGCCAACAGGGUCCUCAGGGUUUGGGUGUCGUCAGUGACUGAGAUAAGACUAGACGACCUCAGAGCUGAAGACGUGGACUCACCUUCAGAGGACCUGCACUACAUGAUCACUCCUCCCAGUAACGGACACUUGGCCCUGAAGAGCGCCCCCAUGAGGCCAGUGCUCAACUUCACACAGGCCCACAUAGACCAGGGCCAACUGCUCUUCGUCCACAAAGGUGCCAUGUCUGGAGGAUUCAAUUUCCAAGUUAAUGAUGGAGUAAACUUCACUCCUCGACAAAUCUUCAGCAUCACAGCCCGAGCUUUGGUCAUUAUUCUGGAGAAGAACCGUCCUCUCAAAGUGUUUCCAGGUUCAUCAACGCCAAUCACAAACGAGAAUCUACAAGCAGUGACCAACGACAUCAGUGACACGUCUAACCGCACCAUCACCUACAGCGUGACCCGGCGUCCUAAACUGGGACGUCUCGUGUCGAAGCGGCCCGAUAAUUUCGUGGUUGACGUCUCCACUUUCACACAAGACAUGGUGGACAGAAAAGAAGUGUUGUACGUCCAGACUCCUAUCGACUCAGUGGGAUGGGAAGCGAUGGACUCCGUGACCUUUUCUGUCUCCUCGCCUCCUACUUCUUUGGAGAGUCAGACCUUUAAGAUCGACAUCUCUUAUGAAAACACUGGACCUGAACACAACACUGUGCUGCUAGCAAACACCGGUGCUAAUGUAACAGAAGGGGAGAGCGUCGUGAUCAAUAAAACCCGUCUGGAUGCUUCAAACCUGCUGAUGAAGCUGCCAGCUCCAGACCGAAGUGCGUUUGAAGUGUGGUACCAGGUCACGUCUCUGCCUCAGCACGGGGUCAUUAUAGUCGGCGAACGCAACCUCACCAAAGAAAAACCUAACUUUUCACAGUUUAUUAUCAACAAAUACGGAAUCACCUACAAACACGACAACUCCGAGACCAUUCAAGAUCGCUUCGUUUUCAGCACUUGGCUCAACGCUAAAGGACAAACGGCGCAGCGACCUGACAACGGAGAUGUUAUUGAAGAAAGUUUUAAUAUAUCGAUAUCCCCCGUGAAUGAUCAACCGCCUGUGCUCAAGACGAAAUCUCCAAGUUUGAAAGUAGUUCAGGGAGACACCGUGUCCCUGAGGCCUGAAAACCUCAAAGUAGAAGAUUUAGACAAUCCUCCAGAUGACAUUAAGUUCACUGUGAUCAGCAAACCAAAUAAUGGGUAUUUAGCUCUUGGGGUAAGCUUGAACGAGUCGGUGCAGUCUUUCACGCAAGCCCAAAUUAAUAACGGUAGUGUGUUUUUUAUCCAUGAUGGGAGCGCUGCCUCUGGUGUGUUCUACUUUAGCGUCACAGAUGGAUACCACAAGCCAAUUUACAAACUCUUUAACGUCGAUGUGACUGAAAUUACCAUCUCGCUUGUUAACCACGUGGAGUUGACGCUGAUGCAAGACAAAAUAUCAGCGCCGCUCACACAAGACAAUAUUUAUGCGAAAACGAAUGGUAAAAACACUACGAUUCGCUACCGGAUUACGAUCCCACCACAAUUUGGAAAACUUUUAAAAGAUAAUGAGGAAGUGGCGCAGUUUGAGCAAGAGGAUUUGGAAACAGGGAUGUUGUCGUACCAAAUGAUCUCAAGAACAUCUGGAGAAGACAGGUUUACGUUUACUGUUUUUACUUCAGAGGCUACUUUAAGCGAGCAAGUGUUGAACAUCUCAGUGAAACCGUUGAUCCGCAUUGGUCAAGGUCUUUUGAUUCCCAACGGAGCGGCUGUUUCGCUGAACCCCAGCUUCCUUAAUGUGUCUCAACUGGCAGAUAUGACUAAGAGCGUCCCUGUGUUUGUAGUACUGUCCCAUCCAAGUAAAGGGAAAGUGGUUCGUAUAGAGUCUAAGAAACGUUCUCCUGCGCAGUCCUUUACAAAUGAGGAGCUAACGCAAGGGAAAAUCGCAUUGGAGCUGAGCGCAAACAUGUCUGGAGUUCAGGAAUUGAAUGACUCGCUCAUAUUUGUCCUGAAAGCAGAUACGGUUCCCCCAGCGAAAGGGGAGUUCCACUUUACCAUCGUGCCAUAUGAUCCAGCGCUUUUACCUACCACAAAAAGCCCCGCUGUUACCACAACGACUCCUCCUCAGACAGCAAUCAGGACACUGCAAAACAGGACUACUCUCCUCAUCACAUCCACUCCGUUUCCCUCUACGCACCAGCCCAGCAAAAACCAGCAGAAAUACCAGAAAGGACGUAACCGCUGGGGGAAUUCGAACAGAACUAACAUUUUUAGCACCACCCUUGGCAAACCGAAACAUGUAACCGAAGAGGACAUCCCGUUUAGGAAUACACCGGUUCGUGUAGAGUCUUAUCCUCAAAAAUCUCCCGAUCCUCUUCUGGUCAUUUUACCGUUACUCGCUUUGCUUUUGCUUGUCAUCAUAUUUGUAGUACUCGUGGUGUACCUCAGGCAUCACAGGCAGAGAAAGCCAAAAAGGGCCACCCCGACGGAGCCCACCCCUCAAUCUAUGUCCAAUAGUCAGUCCUACAGUAGCCCCACAGUUCCCACAGUAACAGUAACUCCACUUAACCCGGGUAGUUGUCCUUCUAGUCCCGUGUUAGAUCGCUUUCUGUCGCACCAUCAGAGCUCGGCGUAUAACUCUAUCGAUUCUUCCAUGUUCGUCAGCACCUGGAGUAAUGAUUCCCCCGCAGCGUCCUCCCAAAUUCUACCCGCGGCUACUCCGACUCUGCGUAAAAACCAGUACUGGGUCUGAACUAUGAAGAAUUCUUUCACCUUUUUCACCGUCUGUAAGAAAAGGCAGGUGUAAAUCGCCUCAGCUACCAUCUGUAAUUACAUUUUCCGACCUUCAACUGUUGUAUUCUCACAUAUCGCCAGUAGAUGCUGCCUGUGUUACUUCUCUUUGGCCUGACAGAUGAAGAUCAGACAGCACAGUUGCUAUUUACUGCUUAAACUUACAGAUGGUAGCUUUAACCCUUUAUGUGAAUCAGGAUUGUUUCAUAUUAGUUGAGGAUAAAGGUUUCAAAGGUGCCCAGGUGACUACUUUUGAAACUUUGGACCACUACUGGACGAAUGAGGGAUUACACCGACUACUUAACGGUUCAUUUAUGUUUUUUUGGCCGAAGUUUGAACUAUAUUUUUCUGUAUAACACUGAGUUACAGCCAGAAUAGAUCAGCUACACACAUUACUUUUUAACUAGCAACCAAAGGUGAAAAAGAUUAAUAUUUCUUUAAGUGGAAUGUACUAAUUUUGAGCCCAAAUGUUAAAGUUUUGAUGAAUUACAGAGCUGAGAGGCUGGCCUUGCAGACUGGUAUGUUGGGUAUGAUCUGUGCAUAAACUGUGCAACAACAUAACCCAGUACAAUCUAUUCACAUGUGCCUGUCUCUCUAUUUAUGUCAUGGUACAAAUCAGUUUUAUGUUUGAGAAAUGUCUUGUCCCCCUUGUACUGUUUGUAGUACCAUGAUUUUAGGACCUGCAGUCGUGCUCCACACUUUAAACUGCUGAUAAUUAGUAUAAAACUGUGAAAUACUGAAACUGCUGCGACAUUACUGUAUCACUGUCACUUUGUAUUGUAGUACCCGUGUAGUCCAUGAUACAUCUGUGUAAACAUGUUGUAAGCUCAGGUAUUUGCUCAUUAGUUCAGUGAUUGGACUUAAAUAUGACUGAACUGUACAGAGGCUUUAAAACGCCACAUCUCUAUUAGAAAAAGUCAAACCGAACACUUGUGUCACACUGUUCUGUACAUGUUUUACCUUGUGUAGCAGCUAAAAAACUGGAAUAUAUUAUUAAGGCACGUAAUAAUUUGUAAAUACGCUUUACAAAUGCAUAGCCUAUGAUUUUGACUGAAAUAACUACUGAUAUUUAUAUAACUUAUUUUAUUGACUAUGCUAUGGUACUUUGGUUUAAAACACUGUUAGUUCUGCUGUGUGAAUGAGGGAGUCAGACACGGUUUUAUAAAAGGAUUUUGUUGCGUUCACUUGUUAUUGUUAUUGUUCCCAAUGUCAAAGGAAUAAUAUACCACUAUGAAACAUUUAUUUAUACCAUAUUUGUAAUAAACAUAUUU